AUGAUGAUUGCUGUGGUCCUCGCUAGUCUCUCAGCAGGCUUCAUCGUCUCCACCUGGGGCUACUAUAACCCGUUCAUGUAUGGCUUGGUGGUGAUUGGUUCUAUAGGUGCCGGUUUGUUAACCACUUGGAUGGUUGACACGUCGACAGGCAAGUGGAUCGGAUAUCAAAUUCUUUUCGGUGUCGGAAUCGGCAUGGGCAUGCAACAAUCUAUCAUUGUGGCACAAGCCGUCCUGCCUAUGGCUGAUGUGCCGAUUGGUACCUGUAUCAUGCAAUUUUUCCAGAUGUUUGGUGGCUCGCUAUUUGUAAGUGUGGCGCAAAACCAAUUUACCAACCACCUCGUGUCAGGUUUGACAGGCAUCUCUGGCAUUGACCCGGAGCAGAUUGUCAAUGCAGGUGCCACAGAAAUCACAAGCCUGAUUCACGAUCCUGCUAUUGUGCAUCAGGUUCAAGUUGCGUAUAAUAGUGCUUUGACGAGGGCUUUCCUAAUUGCGCUAAUAAUGACCUGUUUGGCUGCCUUAGGUGCAGUUGGCGUCAAGUGGCAGAGUGUAAAAGCCCCAGCUCCUAAGCCUGAGACUGAGUCAGCUUAG